CAGCAGCUGGAAGGGUCUCCAGAGGCUGCAGGAGGAGCACACGUUCGUUCUCCAGGCACACAGGUGAGACGCAGAGGAAAGUGUUUGGACGUUAAACCAUGGCCGGGUCAGCUGACACCAUUGAGAUGCCGGCUCUGGGCCGCCCGUUCCAGCUGGGGAUGCUGUACGACUGCCGCAGUGACUCCCUCAUCCCAGGCAUCACUUUAUGGGACCUGGAGACACUUCAAAAUCAUGUAGACACAAAACCACAAUCCAAGACUGAAUUUCAGAUUGUUGCAUCAGAUGCCACUGACGACAAGGCCUCUGCCCUCAAUGUCACAGCAUCGCUGAAGGCCAGUUUCCUGUCUGGCCUGGUGGAGGUGAAUGGAUCCGCAGAAUAUUUAAGUGAUACCAAGACAUCAAAACAUCAAGCCCGUGUUGCUCUCCAGUACUCAGCUCAAACACAGUUUAAGCAGCUGAGUAUGAGCCACUUAGGGCACCAUAAUAUCUCUUACCCUGAUGUGUUUGACCAAGGCAUGGCCACCCACGUGGUCACAGCUGUGCUGUACGGGGCACAGGCUUUUUUUGUCUUUGAUCAGGACGUUUCUUCAUCUGAGAACGUACAAGACAUACAGGGAAAACUCCAGGUUAUCAUUAAAAAGAUACCCCAGGUUUCCAUCAAAGGGGAAGGAGCUGUCAAAAUGGAUGACAUGGAAAAAAAACAAACUGAAAAACUUAAUUGUAAGUUUUAUGGUGAUUUUGCUCUUGAGAACAAUCCAGCUACUUACCAAGAUGCCAUGAAAACAUACUGCAAGCUCCCCAAGCUGCUGGGUGACAGCGGGGAGAAGGCCGUACCAGUGAGAGUCUGGCUGUAUCCACUGAUAAAGCUAGAUUCCAGAGCUGCUCAGCUGGUGCAUGAGAUCAGCACAGAACUCAUCUUUGAUGUUCAAACUGCUCUGGACCAACUGACAGAAUUAGACAUGCAAUGUAAUGAUGCGGUGAAGAAUCCAAUUGCCUCAACCUUCCCUGAAAUUAAGAGGAAAAUCCAGCAGUUCAAAGAUCUGUGUAAGCAACACAGACAGACUUUCCAGAAACAGCUAGCAGGACUCUUACCCUCCAUCCGUGGAGGUGGAAAAGAGGAAGGGGCCCUGGUGGACAUUUUAACCUGCAAAAACCAAUCACCGUUCAACACCCAGCAACUCAAUGAAUUUCUGGAUAAAAAGGAACAAGAAAUGACUUUCAUCAAUUCCUAUCUUUCUGCCCUAAAGGAUGUGGAAGUAGUGUCCUCCCAGAAUAAACUGGAUGAAAUAGUACUUGACCCCAUGAAUGACUUUGUUGUUGCCUUUAUGUUCACUUCAUUACAUGAAGAGGAACCAUAUUUAUCAGAUUUAAAACUCUGCCUUCAGACCCAGGUUAUGAAGAAUACCCAAGAUCCUACAUCAGCCAGUUCUGUCAGAGAGAAAUCCAAACUGUGGUUUGAGGACAAAGAGAGAAAACAAAGUGCCCGAAAAUCAGCAAAAUCCAUUUCAGACUUUGCCCAGCUCAAUAAAUCUAAUGGGAAAACUCGAUUCAUUGUGGCCUCUGUCCGAGAUGAGAAUAAUCCGGGAGCUUCAAUUUACUUCUAUGAAAAUGGAGACCCGGUCAGCACUAACUAUGAACCUCCAUCGAAACCUCUUCCAGCCCUGAUUGAUGGGCUCAGACAUGACCGUGUGCAGCUCACGUUUAACCCAGCAGCCUAUGGCAGGGCUGAGAUAUCCGGCUAUCGGGCAGAGUACAGAAUUGUAGGGCAGGAGAACUGGACGGCUAUGACUGUAAAUAACACACAAGAGACAUUCACAGUGACAGGGCUCCGUGCAAACACUGAGUACCAGUUCCGAUAUGCUGCAGUGAGCAAACCAGGGCUCAGCGAGAGCAGCGACGUGAGUGAUCCUGUGAAGACUCUUCCUACCAGCCCCCCUGGGAAGCCAGAAAAAGCUACUGUAGAAUCAUCUUCCAUUGCCCUCACCUGGGAGAGUCCAAGUGUCAUUGGAGAUGGAGUCAGUAUAAGAGCAUAUAAGGUGGAAUAUACAGAGGAAGCUGGAGAUUCCGGGUGUCAGCUGUGUGUGCGGAUGGGGCUGUGA